CAUAAACCACUGGGCGCGCACAUCGACUUGACGCACAAUAUGGCGUCACACGAGGACAAGUUUAUUGACAGCAUCGAGGAUUUAAUGAACAACAACAACAUAGACAAUGAGAAAUGGGUGCCAUUGUCACUGACGCUUGUUGAGUAUCCAAAAGGAGAUGUCAUAGGACUUUUUUUGGCGCUCAUAAGUUUGACGCCAUUCGCUAUUAUUGCAGGAUUUAUUGCACUUAUCCUGUUCAGGAGAGAUUUGCACACAAUUUGUUACUUCAUUGGUAUAAUAAUUAACGACAUCGUGGGGUUAUUACUCAAGUAUACGAUAAAAGAGGCAAGACCGAUGCGACGAGAUGUCGUGUACGUGGAAUACGGUAUGCCAUCAGCACAUUCCCAAUUUAUGUGGUUCUUCGCUGCUUAUACGACAGCAUUUGUCUGCAUCAGGAUGCAUCAGAAUACCAACAGCACAGUAUCCGAGAAGCUCUGGAGAUGGACGAUAAUUGCUGGAUGCUUAUCAGUGGCUGGUCUCGUGACUUAUAGCAGAAUUUAUCUUCAUUAUCACACGAUUUCUCAAGUCCUCUGGGGAAUGAUAAUCGGUGCUAUCAUCGGGGUCAUUUGGUUUUCCAUAACUCAUCUAGUCUUCACGCCGUAUUUUCCAGUCAUUGUGACAUGGAAAACAUCGGAGUAUCUGCUUCUGCGUGAUACUACACUCAUUCCUAAUGUCUUGUGGUUUGAAUACACAAACAUCAGGACAGAAACACGCGCCAGAUCGAGAAAACUCGUGUCCAUGAAGUCUCAAUGACGUCUAAUGGUCGCGCAAUGGUCUGACACUAAAUAAAAAUAAAUUGAUUCCAUAUAUUUUUUUUUAUUCGACUGAUCCUUGUUUAUCGUUUUGUUGUGAUAGAUUCAGAUUUAUCUGUUUUUCAUAUUACCCUUGAGUUUUAAAUCUAGAUCGUUAAUCAUUAUUGAUAAUUUUUUAUACUGUUGUCGUAAAUUUUUAUAUGGAAAAAUUUUUUGUAAAUGGAGACUACGUCACCGUUUUGUCAACAUUUUGAAAAACAUUUUCUACAGGUAGAUGUGUCGUCGCGAUAUUUAGCUCGUGAUUUUCAGUGCUCGUGGUAAUGAGCAAUUGAUAUCGAUCCAAUCUCUGUUCAUUUGUGAAAUAUGAAUAAAGAGGAAUGAGCUAUUAC